AUGGCAGCUUUGCCUGCUUCUUCUUUGCUGCUGCAGCAGCUGCAGCAGCAGCAGCAGCAGCGGCACAAGCAGCAGCAGCAGCAGCACGAAAAUGGAGCGGGGGCUUGCAGCUGCGCCCUCCUCGUGUGCAACAGCAGCAGCAGCCCAACAGCAACUGCAGAGCUGCUGCUGCUGCUGCAGAAAGCAGCAACUUCAGGUUCUUUGUGUCUUGCUGCUGAAGAGGCUGCGCUGGGUUGUCUAGGCAACUUCCUGCUGCUGCUGCCUGCUGCUGCUGCAGCAGAAGCAGCAAACUUGGGUGCUGCACUUGCUGCUGCUUUCGCAGAAGCAGCAGCAGCUCUCAAGGCUGAGGUGCUGGUGCUUCCCGACGGUGCAGCAGCAGCAGCAGCAGCAGUGGAGCAGCUGCAGGUUAAUCUGCAGCUAACAACAGCAGCAGCAGCAGCAAAAGCAUCAGCAGCUAACGCCGCUGUUACUGCAGCAGCAGGGAGACUUGUGGCUUUCGCGAGGUUCUGCAGCAGCAGCAGCAGCAGCAGCAGCAGCACAGCAGCAACGCUGGCGCAUGCAGCUGAAGCAGCAAUGUCCAUCCUCCACAUGAGAGUCAUGGUUGCUGCUGCUGCUGCAGCGCAGCACGCCGAGCAGCAGCAGCAACAGCAGCAGCAACUUCCCUCCAUUCCCU